CUCUUGUUGUUUGUUUUUGGGGGAAGGGAAGGACAGUAUCCACUUCUCCCCAUUCGUGUUGGCAGUUCCAGAAGAGUGAGAUGGGGAAGAGUUGUAAAGUUGUGGUUUGUGGCUUGGCAUCAGUUGGAAAAACUGCCAUUUUGGAACAGCUUCUCUAUGGGAACCAUACUGUUGGUUCCGAGACAAAUGAAACCCUGGAAGAUAUUUAUGUUGGUUCUAUAGAGACAGACCGUGGUGUCCGGGAGCAGGUGCGCUUUUAUGACACAAGAGGCCUGAGGGAAGGCAUCGAGCUUCCCAAGCACUACUACUCCUUUGCUGAUGGAUUUGUGUUGGUGUACAGUAUAGACAGCCGGGAAUCUUUCAAGCGAGUCGAAGCCCUCAAGAAGGAAAUCGACAGGUCCCGCGAUAAGAAGGAGGUGACAAUUGUAAUUUUGGGGAACAAAUGUGAACUACAGGAGGGGCGACGUGUGGACCAUGAUGCUGCUCAACACUGGGCAAAGUCGGAGAAGGUUAAGCUGUGGGAGGUUUCUGUGGCAGAACGCAAGACUCUGAUCGAGCCAUUUGUCCAUCUGGCUAAUAAGAUGACACAGCCCCAAAGCAAAUCCACAUUCCCCCUGAGCCGGAAGAAGGGGAGCGGCUCAAUUGACAGUUAAUACAGUAAUUGAAAAGCAAAGAUUCCAUUUAAAUGCAAAAACUUUAUUCCAUUCCUGCAAAGCAUACAUCCCAUGAGAAGAUCCUGUACUGUAUUUAUGUUGCUAAUGUUCCUUUCCCAUUCACAUAACAAACCUUCUAUUUAUAUUGUGCUCUACCUUCUAUUUAUACUGGACCUUAUUGAAGUGUAAUCUUGAAAGUAUGAAUGUAUUACUUUUGAAGUGCAUUGACUGUUAUUGUAAAGGUGUCAUUGUAGGUAAAAGUGAUUAAAGGAUUGGAAAGAAAGGGUCAACUAAAACUUAUAAAGGGUCAUCCAUGCACAACACGGUCAGUUUUAGCUUCUUUACUAACACAUUGCCAUAGCUUCAUCAGGCAACAUAGAAAUUUAAUGGCACAGAAGGAGACUACUCAGCCCAUCAUGUUUGUUUCCAGCUGAAAAUGAGCUAUCCAGCCUAAUCCCAUUCUCCAACUCUUAGUCUAUAGCUCCAUGGGUUAUGGCAUUUCAAAGUGCAUAUCCAAAUACUUUUUAAAUGCAAUAAGGGUUUCUGUGUCGACGACCCUUUCAGGCAGUGACAUCCAGACCCCUACCCUGAUCUGAUGAAAGAAUUUCUCUCAACUCCUCUCUAACCCUUGCCCCAGUUACUUUAGAUCUAUUCCCCUGGGUUAUUGACCUCUUUGCUAAUGGAAAUAAGUCCUUCCUGUCCACCACAUCUAGACCAUUCAUAAUUUGAUAAAUCUCAAUGAAAUCUCCCCUCCACCUCCUCUGUUCCAAAGAAAACAACCCCAAUCUUUCCUCAUAUCUAAAAUUCUCCAAUCCUGGCAACAUCCUUGUAAAUCUCUUCUGCACCCUGUACAGUGAUCAUUUAGUACCAUGCUACUGGGGGGAUGGGGGGAGGUGGGAAGAGAGAUGGAGUGACGGAUUUGGAUAUUCUGUUGAAAUAAAAAUGCUAGGGACGCAAGGUGGCUCAGCGUCUGAAAGAUAAGAUAUUCUUACAAAACGUUUCACUCCUAUUUUCAUCUGUCAGUGUUUUCAGAUCGGGCAGCACGAUGGCACUGCUGCCUCACGGCUCCAGCGACCCGGGUUCGAUCCUGACCUCGGGUAUCUGUCUGUGUGGAGUUUGCACGUUCUCCCCGUGUCUGUGUGGGUUUCCUUCCAUCAUCCAAAGAUGUGCUGGUUAGGUGGAUUGGCUACGAUAAAUUACCCCUCUGUGAGUGUCUGCCCCGUGUCGGACUGGCGUCCUGUCCUGGGUCUACUCCGCCUAGCGCCCAGUGCCUGUCAGGAUAGGCUCCGACUCCCCGCUACCCUGAAUUGGGUGAAGAGGUUCUGGGAAAGUGAGUGAGUAUUUUCUAUUUUGGUUACUAACAUUUACAGGUUUUGUUUUACAUAUGCUGUUGGAACCUCUGUAGAAAAGCUGGCCGUUAUAAAUUACAUGACCAGACCAGAUUUUUUUUUUUAAAAAAAAGCUUAAUUCUGAAAUGCUGAAAUAAUUAAAAUUGAAAGAAAAAUAGGCUACCCAGGUGUCACCAGAAUGAAUGGCGACAGAGUCCAUGCACCUGGGUCUGAAGGAGACCUUUAGGUUAUGUAGUAAUGAGCUGAGUAAUGCUGUACUGUGGGCUGUAAAUAAAAGGAAUAACAAGCAUGAAUGAGCCUGGGAGGAACUGGGGUCCCAGCCCCUCUAUCCUAAUCAAACUUGCAAGCAUCUCCUGCAAGAGAAAGACUUAACAAGCAGGCAGACCCUUGGAUUCUGAUGAAGGGUACACAUGCAAAACAUAAUAAAAUGGUUUUUGUCUUUA